UAACCGUGUGGAAGCCUGGACGAGGGAUGUUGACUUCCUGCUCCGGCAAGAAGGGAGACCCAUGGUAAAACUUACUGGUGACAGGAAGCGUGUGAGAGUGAUGGAAGCAGACUGGCGGAAUACUGAUAAAGCAGUAACCUGGAUAAAAGAAGAAGCCAUUAACCUUACUCAACCAUUUGUUCUUUACUUGGGACUAAAUUUACCACACCCAUAUCCAUCACCCUAUACAGGAGAAAAUUUUGGAGCCUCUACGUUUUUAACAUCUCCCUAUUGGCUUGAAAAGGUAAUUUAUGAAGCUAUUAAAAUACCCAAGUGGUCUUCUCUUUCAGAGAUGCAUCCAGUAGACUAUUACUCAUCCUACACCAAGAAUUGCACAGGAGAGUUUACGAAGCAAGAAGUGAGAGAUAUUAGAGCAUUUUAUUAUGCUAUGUGUGCGGAGACAGAUGCCAUGCUGGGUGAGAUUAUUUCAGCUCUGAGAGAUACUGGGCUCCUUAAAAAAACCAUCGUUAUAUUCACUGCAGAUCAUGGGGAACUUGCUAUGGAACACCGGCAGUUCUAUAAAAUGAGCAUGUAUGAGGGAAGCUCCCAUGUUCCUCUUUUAGUUAUGGGGCCAGGCAUAAAAGAGCAGCAGCAAGUACCAAAUAUGGUCUCUCUCGUGGAUAUUUAUCCUACAAUGCUUG